UCUCGAUAAUGAAAUGAAUCGUCCAAAAAAGUUGAAGCUGAUGAAAGUAGUUUGACCCCUCCACAUCUCCCAACUUGGUGGUCCUUAGCUUCGCACACACCACAUGCUCUCUCUCUCUCUUCUCUUUCUCUCUUUAGCUCUUCUCUCUUUUGCUAAGCCAAAAAUGGAAGCUUUACUCUAUUGACGACGAGAUCCUUCCCUCUUUCUGUAAUUUACAGCUUUUGAUAAUGAAAUGGUGUGAAGGGAGGGUCCUACUUUCUUGAAGGAUUUUUGCCCCCACAAUCUCUAAUGAAUGUGAAUUAUUGGUGAGCCAAAAAAAAAAAGUUUUGUGAUGAAAGAAUGAUGAGAGGGUAUCUUUUUUGUUGGUCUUGUUAUAAAUGUGGAUGAAAUUGUGAUUGAAACUUACUCUAAAAGUAUUAAAAAAAAAAAAAAAACAGAACAUUUUCUUCUUCCUCUGGGAUCCAUAAGUUUUAGAUUUUGGUGGUCAGUGUGUCGGAUGGAGUGUAAUGCGAAGCCAUCGUUUCAAUGGGAAUUGGAACAUUUGAUAUCUUUUGGUACUUCAUCAGCUGAAAUUCCUAGAAAGCUAAAACCAAUGGAGUGGGAAAUUGAUGGGUUUGAUUGCACCUCUCUGUAUUCUUCAAGCUUUGCUGCAGUAGCUUAUGGUGGUAGUUCAGGUUCUGAUCUAGCUAAUGCUUUCUCUAAAAGCUCAAAGUCAACUAGUUCUUCAUCAGCUGAAGUGAGAACACAUAAUUUUACAUCAGAAGCUGGUGAAAGUCUUCCUGGAGAAUUAGGCAGCAGUGAAGAGUUUGCAAAGGGAAUUGAUACUUCUCCAAGUCGUGAACUUUCUUUUGGCUCUGGUGAUCCUGUUCUCGGUUUAAAGCUUGGUAAACGAACGUACUUUGAAGACUUUUGGGAAGUGGAAAAUGCGAAAGGUUUGGGACUUCCAGUUAGCCUUGCUUCGUCUUCUGUUUCUCCGGUGAAGAAAUCGAAAUCCAUUCCUCAGAGGUUACAAACUCCUCACUGUCAAGUUGAAGGCUGUAAUCUCGAUCUCUCAUCAGCUAAAGACUAUCAUCGGAAACACAGGAUUUGUGAAAACCAUUCAAAGUUUCCUAAAGUCGUUGUGAGUGGCGUAGAGCGUCGGUUUUGCCAACAAUGUAGCAGGUUCCAUUGUCUCUCUGAGUUUGAUGAGAAGAAACGUAGCUGUCGCCGACGCCUCUCAGAUCACAAUGCAAGACGUCGCAAGCCAAAUACUGGGAGGACAUAUGAUGGGAAGCCACAGGUGGAUUUUGUAUGGAACAGAUUUGCUCUUAUCCAUCCAAGAAGUGAGGAAAAGUUUCUAUGGCCAAGUUCGAAGCCCGUACCAUCAAGAGGGUUAAUGCCGCAACCUGCAAAGACCGAGACUUCCAAUGAGCUGUUCACUGAGCACAGUAGAUUUGGAUUGUUGGACCCCAAAACCAAAACCGCAAGAACCGAGUUAUUCAAUAAAGAAAAGGUCACAAUCUCUUCACACAUGGGUGCUUCUCAAGAUCUUGAUGGUGCUCUCUCUCUUCUGUCAAAUUCAACAACAUGGGUUUCCUCUGACCAACCAAGACGUUUUACCCUUGAUCACCAUCCCACAAGCAACCUCCAACCUGUGGCUAACCGUUCUGCGACUCAACUCAAUUCAGUGUCCGGCUAUUGGCAGCCGGAUCCACCCGCAGUUGAAGGCCCGACCGCGCUGCAUAGAAACAGGGUAGGCCAGUUUAAUGAAAACUGCUUCAGCUUGAACCAGUUUUAUAACUGAAAGUGUAUGCCUUUUUAAAUCCUAAUAAGAUAUUUUAUGUUAAGGAUCAGGCAAGCUAAUGUUAAGUUAAGAUAGGAGCUGUGAAACUUGCAAGACACCAAAUCCUCUCUUCUUUUUUGUCCAAAUAUUUCCAUGGGUUAGAGAGCUUUGACAAUUGUCUUAAAAUCAUCUUGUCGUGUUAUACAUUAGGAUUAUAAAUC